AUGAUUCGCCGCUCGCUGCUGCUCACGAUGAUCGGGCUCUUCCUCAUCUCCGUCGUCAUCUCCGUUCAUGCCGAAACGAUGCCGGACUCGGAACUGAUCCGGUAUGACUGCAGCUUGACCAAGAAAGUGGACAAUGUCGACCAGGACUGCACGUACAACCGGCGGAAGAUUGCUGACGCUGACGCCCAGAGGAUCUGGUUUACCAUCCGCGACUUGCCCAAAGACAAAUUGAUCGUUUACCGGUGCGGCCUUGCCGAAACGUUCUGCCUGUCAAAGAACAACACCCCGCUGGCCGAUGAGAAGAUUGGGUGCUAUCAGUACCACGUCGAGGAUCCUGGCUGCAACUGCCAGUUUGACGGGGACUUUACUUUCACACCCGCGGAUUCGGACGUGCUGGCCCUCUGGAAGCAGUACCAGAAGUCGCUGCGCCCCUUCCCCUGGGCGCCCUCUCCCGCCCUCGCUGACCCACCGAGCUGCGGUACCUACGAAGUGCCCGAUACGACUGCGUCCCCCUCAAAUUCCGCCUCCUGCUCUUCGUGGCCCUCUUCGCCCCUGCUCCUCUCCGCCAACAUUAUCCUCGUCGUCCGCUUCAUGUUCCCA